GUCUCGAGGCUUAUAUCCUCGUGACCUAGUCGCAUCGUCUAUGUGGUGGCAUGGCCCCACCUUUUUACAGUUACACGAAAAUCAUUGGCCAUCGGGAAGUUUUGCAUGCUCAAGCGAUGACCUGCCCGAGCAAAGGAAAAUAGCAGCGACAGUCGUCAAGCCUGAGCAGUGCAUAGUCAACGAACUACUCAACAAAUAUUCUGGGCUAAGCAAAAUCCUGCGGAUUGUGGCAUAUUGCAGAAGGAUGCUUAGGAAACAACCCAUUGCACCAACCAAUGUAAUUUCUUCGGUUGAAAUCUCGCUCGCAAUGGAAGCGGUUUGCCGAGCGGUGCAAAAACAAGUUUUCCCCAAUGAAUACGCGGCAUUAAAACGGGGAACCAAUAUCAAUACGAGCAGCCGUUUGUUAUCGUUAUCGCCAUUUAUAGAUAAAAAUGAUCUAAUUCGAGUAGAGGGUAGGCUCAAAAAUUCGGACUUAGAUUUCUGUGUGCGCCACCCCAUUCUGUUGCCACGCAACCACGACUUAACCCGAAAAUUAAUAAGACACGAACACAUUCGCAACAAGCACGCCGGAACGCAGGGUACUGCCAUGGCUUUCGUCAGGCAACGAUUCUGGCCGCUAUCAUUGAGAUCUGCCACUCGCAAGAUAAUACAAGAAUGCAUAGUUUGUUUUCGAGCAAAACCGUGAGGUUCCGAGGCUUUAAUGGGAUCGUUGCCCGCCGGGCGUGUUAACCCCUCUAGGCCAUUCCCGCAUUGUGGGGUGGAUUAUGCCGGACCGGUCAUUCUUCGCGAGGGAAGCAGACGCAACGCACGAAAUCAUAAGGCUUACAUAGCCAUUUUUGUGUGUUUCGCCACAAAGGCCGCGCACAUCGAGGUCGUAAGUGAUCUGACAACAGACUGUUUUAGUGUUUUCUCGGCGCUUUCAAGCGCUUCAUCGCGCGAAGAGGGAGGCCGACUCACAUGUACUCGGACAACGGGACCACUUUCGUCGGGGCAAAAAAGCAAAUUAAAGAAUUAUACGAAUUUCACAAUAAGCAAGAAACGCAAGCCGAUUUCAAUCAAUUCUGUACUAACGAGGUCAUUACCUGGGGGUUUAUCCCGCCUAACGCUCCUCAUUUUGGCGGUUUGUGGGAGGCGGCGGUAAAAUCCGCCAAGUACCACUUGUCUAGAAUCGUGGGCCAAGCCCAUUUAACGUAUGAGGAACUGCAGACCGUAUUGUCUGAAAUCGAAGCCGUACUAAAUUCGCGCCCUAUCACACCAUUGAGCGAGGACCCAAACGAUUUAUCUUAUUUAACUCCGGGUCACUUUCUGAUUGGCACAGCACUAAAUAGUUUUCCUUACAGAGAUCUCAGUGAAAUCAAUGUAAACAGGCUGCUACGCCGGCAGCGGGUAGAGCAGCUUAGACAGCAAUUUUGGCGCAGGUGGAGUAGCGAGUACUUAAGUUCGUUGCAGGAAAGAUCGAAAUGGAGGCAGAAUUCGGGCAUCCAAUUACGUCCCAAUCAACUCGUGCUCGUGAAGCAACAAAACCUAGCUCCCCUACAAUGGACAUUAGGUCGCGUUGUGGAAAUCCAUCCCGGAUCCGACAACAUCGCAAGAACCGCAACAGUAAAAACCGUUAAGGGUACCUACACAAGGCCCUUGUCGAAGCUCGCGAUACUGCCUUUGGAAACCCCAACGACAGACUAAUUAGAAUAACAGUCAUGCGUAAUAGUUUGUAAUGCGAAUAUUUAGUUAUUGUUAGAUAUCCUAAGUUUUUUUUUGCGUCAUAGGUACAAUUGUGUUACUGAGUCAUACAUGUACGUAUCUUAAGGCUCUCCCAUUUCGUUUUCUUUCUAUUUUUUUUGUUUUGUUCAUCUUGAAAGUGUAUUCUUUCAAGGGGGGCGGCGUGUUCCGUAUUCACUAUAAUAGUUUUAUGUAUCCCUUAAUUCAAAUCGCCCGCUUGUAGUUAUGUCCACGCGUUCUCCUGAGCGCCCUUCCGCGCGAGUGGUUCCGGCGACACCGCCGCCAGCAUGAUGGCGUUGUGCGUACCCUUUGCCCCCAAAAUUAACAAAGGAAGGAGAGCUCUCAGAGUAGUCAGUCGUCGUUAUCGUCGUUACCGAACCACAUCAGCGUGCGCUACGCAUAAGAACUGCCCUUGUAACCGAGUCACCAAAUAAAGGCUAGUGCGAGAGAAGACAUCUUCUCGUCCGUAUAUUGUGAAGUAAUUAUUCCACCAGUAUAUACGGCGGGUACAUGCCCGACAAUUCCGCAAAUCUAUCGUACAGAUAAUAUUAUUCUAAAAAUGUCAAAUUUUGUGCCAAGUAAAGAGUACAUUAUGAGAUA